GUGGAGGAAAGCAAAACGAAAGGAGACGAGAGCACUAAACGGAGUACAGGCAGAAGCAGAGCAAUGCUCGCGGGGGAUCAUCAUCCGAGUCCGAGGGAGAUCGAUCAAUUGAUCCGUGGCCUUUUGGAUAGAUAGAAUAGAAUAGAAUACAGAAAGAAAAGAAGAUAUGGAGAAGGGCCGGGGCCACAGCCAGGGGGAGAAGGAGAAGGAGAAGACAUGCAAGAGGUGCAAGCGGCCAUACAAACCUUCGUCAAACUCUUCAUCUUCUUGCCGCUUCCAUCCCUCCUUCUUUGUCUGCCGCCGCCACGAUGACCAGAAGAGGUAUUAUGAAUUGGGGCCUGAUGAUCCCCCUUAUGCAGCCAAGUUCUUUGAUUGCUGUGGUGCUGAGGAUCCCGAUGCUCCUGGCUGUACAACCACCUCCCAUGCUUCUUAUGAUGAUGUUGAUCUGUAAUUGCAUUUACUUGUGUGAUUUCCGUGUUUGGAAUGAUAGAUCAUAUACGUGUGCUUCUGCUUUCAUUUUCUUUUCCUUCUUCAUGACAUACUGCACUGCCUUUUGAUUCUGAUUCUGUACGUCAGAUUAUUUAAAUGAUGAAUCCAUUCCUAGUUCCCCUGCAGAA